AUGUAUAUGUAUUUCAGCUCUUGGGCAACUAAUGAGCAUUCCCAAAAUAAUGUGCAGGUGCAGCACUCACUCCCUGUCCUUGUGCAGGUGCAGCACUCACUCCCUGUCCUUGUGCAGGUGCAGCACUCACUCCCUGUCCUUGUGCAGGUGCAGCACUCACUCCCUGUCCUUGUGCAGGUGCAGCACUCACUCCCUGUCCUUGUGCAGGUGCAGCACUCACUCCCUGUCCUUGUGCAGGUGCAGCACUCACUCCCUGUCCUUGUGCAGGUGCAGCACUCACUCCCUGUCCUUGUGCAGGUGCAGCACUCACUCCCUGUCCUUGUGCAGGUGCAGCACUCACUCCCUGUCCUUGUGCAGGUGCAGCACUCACUCCCUGUCCUUGUGCAGGUGCAGCACUCACUCCCUGUCCUUGUGCAGGUGCAGCACUCACUCCCUGUCCUUGUGCAGGUGCAGCACUCACUCCCUGUCCUUGUGCAGGUGCAGCACUCACUCCCUGUCCUUGUGCAGGUGCAGCACUCACUCCCUGUCCUUGUGCAGGUGCAGCACUCACUCCCUGUCCUUGUGCAGGUGCAGCACUCACUCCCUGUCCUUGUGCAGGUGCAGCACUCACUCCCUGUCCUUGUGCAGGUGCAGCACUCACUCCCUGUCCUUGUGCAGGUGCAGCACUCACUCCCUGUCCUUGUGCAGGUGCAGCACUCACUCCCUGUCCUUGUGCAGGUGCAGCACUUACUCCCUGUCCUUGUGCAGGUGCAGCACUCACUCCCUGUCCUUGUGCAGGUGCAGCACUCACUCCCUGUCCUUGUGCAGGUGCAGCACUCACUCCCUGUCCUUGUGCAGGUGCAGCACUCACUCCCUGUCCUUGUGCAGGUGCAGCACUCACUCCCUGUCCUUGUGCAGGUGCAGCACUCACUCCCUGUCCUUGUGCAGGUGCAGCACUCACUCCCUGUCCUUGUGCAGGUGCAGCACUCACUCCCUGUCCUUGUGCAGGUGCAGCACUCACUCCCUGUCCUUGUGCAGGUGCAGCACUCACUCCCUGUCCUUGUGCAGGUGCAGCACUCACUCCCUGUCCUUGUGCAGGUGCAGCACUCACUCCCUGUCCUUGUGCAGGUGCAGCACUCACUCCCUGUCCUUGUGCAGGUGCAGCACUCACUCCCUGUCCUUGUGCAGGUGCAGCACUCACUCCCUGUCCUUGUGCAGGUGCAGCACUCACUCCCUGUCCUUGUGCAGGUGCAGCACUCACUCCCUGUCCUUGUGCAGGUGCAGCACUCACUCCCUGUCCUUGUGCAGGUGCAGCACACUCCCUGUCCUUGUGCAGGUGCAGCACUCACUCCCUGUCCUUGUGCAGGUGUAGCACUCACUCCCUGUCCUUGUGCAGGUGCAGCACUCACUCCCUGUCCUUGUGCAGGUGCAGCACUCACUCCCUGUCCUUGUGCAGGUGCAGCACUCACUCCCUGUCCUUGUGCAGGUGCAGCACUCACUCCCUGUCCUUGUGCAGGUGCAGCACUCACUCCCUGUCCUUGUGCAGGUGCAGCACUCACUCCCUGUCCUUGUGCAGGUGCAGCACUCACUCCCUGUCCUUGUGCAGGUGCAGCACUCACUCCCUGUCCUUGUGCAGGUGCAGCACUCACUCCCUGUCCUUGUGCAGGUGCAGCACUCACUCCCUGUCCUUGUGCAGGUGCAGCACUCACUCCCUGUCCUUGUGCAGGUGCAGCACUCACUCCCUGUCCUUGUGCAAGUGCAGCACUCACUCCCUGUCCUUGUGCAGGUGCAGCACUCACUCCCUGUCCUUGUGCAGGUGCAGCACUCACUCCCUGUCCUUGUGCAGGUGCAGCACUCACUCCCUGUCCUUGUGCAGGUGCAGGCCGCAGGUCUUUGUGGAGUGGACAAGUACUCACUUGUGCUUGUGCUUGUGCACGUGCAGCCACAUUUGAGGCUGCAACCGCAUGCGUGCAGGUGCAGCCUCAGAACAACCAUCCACGAAAUCUUAAACUUCUGGAGAUCCUGGUGGUUGGUGGUGAAUGGGUGUGA